AUGGCAGAUAACCACGGAGGAGCUCCUCCACCGGGAGUUUUCCACCACAGCCGGGAAUCCAGUUCAGCUCAACGUCCGGCAAGACAAAUCGGAGCUGGCGAUAUUCCGACGAUUCCAGCGAAUCGUCCCGGCAUUACCCCACCACCGGUCCCAAAUUUCAACUUCGACAUCAAGACAAGCUUGAUAAACUUGGUGGAGAAUUCCAUCUUUCACGGAAUGAAAGAUGAAGAUCCUUUGAAGCACUUGGAAAAGUUUGAUAGAAUUUGUGCUUUGCAAAAGAUCAACAAUGUCACUGAGGAUGCUCUUAAGCUCCGAUUGUUCCCUUCUCUUUGA